CCCCGGAUGAAGCUAGCGUUGGGGCAAAUGAGCAGGGCCACCAGGGCUGCUCGGAUUUUAGUUUAGCAGUGAGGGGGUCUGAGCGGAUUGAAGCCCCGCUGGAUUAAUGUCGACAGGGCAGCGCGGAGCGCCAGCAGGGCUACGACGAGAAAACUGUCCGCGUCGAGCGGAGCCACCGGCCAACAGCUGUUGCUAACUGUGUUUAAGACAGCCUCUCCGGCUAUUAGCCUCUCCACACCGCGGAGUUUGCAGUUCACACACUUCACGUCUUGUCGGGGCUUCAGUCAAACACAACACCUGGUGGAUGAAUGAUGUCUGCCGCUAGUAUUGACCCCCAGGUAAGCAGCGAGGAGACACCAUCGGCGCCGAGGUUUCAUUUCCACAGACAUCGAAAGGACAAGAUGCAGGCAAAGCCUUUCCGGUUUCAGUGCAGAAUGGAUCCCUCCACCAGAAGGACGCUGUCCAUGAUAAUGACUUUGAGCCCUAUCUCACCGGCCAGUCCAGCCAGAAUAACAGCUAUCAAUCAAUGACAGACCCCUACUUGUCCAGUUAUUAUGCCCCCUCCAUUGGAUUUCCUUACCCUCUCAGUGAGGCUCCUUGGUCUACAGGAGGUGAUCCACCAAUUCCCUACCUGACUCCCUACGCCCCCCUCAGCAAUGGAGACCAUCACUUCAUGCACGACACGGUGUUUGGGCAGCCAGGAGGACUCAGCAGCAGCAUCUACCCGCACAGGUUUAACUUUUUCCCUGAGAAUCCGACGUUCUCAGCUUGGGGCACCAGUGGUUCGCAGGGGCAGCAGACUCAGAGCUCAGCCUACGGUGGGAGCUACAGCUACCCACCCAGCUCCCUAGGAGGCACCUUAGUCCCUGAUGGCCAGACAGGUUUCCAUAGCGACACCUUGAGCAAGGCUCCAGGUAUGAACAGCCUGGACCAGGGCAUGCUAGGCCUAAAAAUAGGCGGGGACGUGACGGGAAGUGGCUCCGGUGUGAAGGGUGCCAGCUCUGUCAUUGGUGGUGGCGGCAGUGUGGCGGCAGCGGUUGCCACGGGCAACGGUGGCACGCCAAUUGGCAUGCCUCCCAAACCUACAUCGUGGGCUGCUAUUGCUAGUAAACCUGCCAAGCUGCAACAACAAAAGAUCAAGAACAAGCCUGGCACCCCUAUAGCUGGAGGAGUUCUGCCUCCACCUCCCAUUAAACACAACAUGGACAUUGAUACAUGGGAUAAUAAAGGGACUGCUACCAAGAUGGCCCCACCUUUGCCCCACCACCACCAUCACCACCACCACCACCAUCACCAGCAGCACCAGCCCCAGCUCCACUCCCAUGCUCCCAGCCUCCUACCCCCCCUUCAACAGUCCCUACAGUCUGCCCAGUCCCUCGUGCAACAGAUGACCAUGCAGGGUCCGCCUCCGCCUCCUCCGCAAUCUUACCAGAACCACAACUCUGCCCCAACACCUCAGACCCGAUGGAUAGCCCCGCGCAACCGCAACAUGUGCUACGGCGGCGGAAGCUUGGACAGCAGUGGCUCCUCCAACGGCGGCGGUGUUGGCAACGGAGGUGCGGGGGGCGGGUGCAUGCCUCCAGAACCGGGAUCAGAGUCCCACCCCGUGCUGGAGAAGCUGCGAGCGGCCCACAGCUACAACCCCAAGGAGUUCGACUGGAACCUGAAAAAUGGCCGCGUUUUCAUUAUCAAGAGCUACUCCGAGGACGACAUCCACCGCUCCAUCAAGUACUCCAUCUGGUGCAGCACGGAGCACGGCAACAAGCGCUUGGACUCAGCCUACAGAGCGAUGAACUCUAAAGGCCCCGUCUACUUGUUGUUCAGCGUCAACGGCAGCGGCCAUUUCUGCGGCGUGGCGGAGAUGCGCUCCCCUGUGGACUACGGGACCAGCGCUGGCGUGUGGGCGCAGGACAAGUGGAAGGGCAAGUUUGACGUGAACUGGUUGUUUGUUAAGGACGUGCCUAAUAGCCAGCUGCGCCACAUCCGCCUGGAAAACAACGAUAACAAGCCAGUCACCAACUCUCGUGACACUCAAGAGGUUCCUCUGGAAAAGGCAAAGCAGGUGCUCAAGAUUAUCGCCCAGUACAAACACACCACCUCCAUCUUUGAUGACUUUUCCCACUAUGAGAAGAAGCAAGAGGAAGAGGAGGUGGUAAAAAAGAGCUAUGAACCUGCCUCAAUACAGAGUCGAUCCCGAAUCGAUCAGGAUCGUCAGAAGUAAUCUGCAGAAGAGAGUCUCUGAAAUCUCAAUCAACGGUUGUUGUGUUUGGAUGGACACACUGAUAUUUAGAUUCAAAAAGAAAGCAUCAGGACAUUUAAAAACAAACAAACAUUUUUUUCAGUUUUUUUGUUUCGUGUUUUUGUUUUGUUUUUUGUUUUUCGUUGGCCCACGUCAAACUAUCGAGCCACAUCGGUCUUGGUUCCUCCUCCGUCUUUGAGCUGCGUGCAGGGAUGGAGCUACUUCCACCAGAUGAAUAGCUUCAAAUAUCUAUUUUCUUGUUGUUUUUGUUUUGUUUGUUUGUUUGCUUUUUUAGCCUUAUACAUUUUUUUGUCGCUAUCCUGGAACUUCUUAAAUAUAAAUAUCUGCACGUCUGUUCGGAAAAAUCUCUUGACAACAUGCUGCUGAUAUUCAGUGACUGUUCACUUUGUGGUUUGUGUGUUGGAGAAGUGUUAAGUGCUUGUAUUGGUUAAUCUUAAAUGAGUGAACAACACUUUAUUGACAAAAUGUCUGCUAUCUGUGUGUGGCCCGUUGUAUUUUAUAUUAUCAGAAGACAAAAAAAAAAACUUCUAUAACGGCCCCCCUCCCCUUUUUUUUUUUUUUUUUUCUUUUCGUGCCGGGUGAGUCUCGUUUUGGCGGAGCAGUGAAGGUUUCUGUAUGCGUAGACAUAAUCGUGCGAGAUUGUGGCAUUAGGACACAUAAAUGUUAGAAAAAUGAUUUUGAAUAAUGUACCACCUGGCUUACUAAUAGAAACAACUAAUAGAAAUUUAACAUAAUGCAGAGAAAAUGUGGGACGGUCGUCUCUCCACAGCGGAGCCUUAAUUCUUUACAGCAGUAGUGUAAAAGAGAUGUAGGGAAAAUACGUCAAGGUCGUCCCUCUCCUAUUUAAACGAUGGAAACUCAAAUUCACUGUAUGGUAUUCAGGUUUUUAUCGACACAAAAUCUGCUUUUCUGUCCCUGAUUCCUGCGGUGUGUGUGUGUGUGUGUGCGCGCGUGCGUGCGUGUCUCUAUCCCCUGCUGCUCCAACAGGGGUCUCUGUUUAUGAAAUUCUGGUAGCAUGUACUGCUUUUAAAAACUAAAGCCAGGCCUCUCGUUUAGUUCGCUUUUAUCUUCUGUUCUCUCUUAACAUCAUUAUAACCGCCAUCGUUUUCAUCGCUAUAACCAGUCUUCAUCCUUCAGAAAAUGUAAGCUUUAAUGUACCGGCAUUUCUAACUGAGAUCGCCUCAAAAUGUUUAACUGUAGCAUUAUACUUAACUGAUUUAUCGUCAAGUGUAUGAAAACCCAGAGACUAGCCUAUAUGGUAUAUGUUUGUGAUUUCUACUUCUUUAGUUUUUCUUUGUUUUUUUUUUGUUUUUUUUGUUUUUUUUUUAUUGCUUGCUGUAUUGUGCGUAUGUGUGCGUAUGCAAGAGUGAAAGGAAAGUACGACUGUGGAGCAAUCAGAGUUAUAUAACGGUAUUGGAAUAUAGAAAAUUUAUGCAAAAAAAUGUUUUAAGUCACCCUUGAAUUAAAUAUCAUUGUAUCAGAGGUCACUAUCACAUUCUUAGAUUUGAUCAUGUUCAUUAUUAAAGAUAUACUUAUCUGUU